CGCCGGCCCCAGCAGCGAGCGGGCGGGCUGGGCUAGGCAGGGCAGGACAGGGAAGGACGGGGCAGGGCUGCACGGCCCGGCCCCUCGCUCCGCCCGGCGGGGCUGAGCGGGGCGGGGCGGCGCCGCAGCCGAGCCCCGGGUCCGGGCAGUGCCGCGGGCUCUCCGCCGGCACCAUGGGCCGGGACGGGCCGUGGCUCAACCUGUCCGGCAGCUCCUGUGCGGCGGGCGGGCCCUUCCCCGCCGGCACCGCCGCGCUGCUGGCCGCGCUCAUGGGGCUGCUGGUGCUGGCCACGGUGCUGGGCAAUGCCCUGGUCAUUCUGGCGUUCGUGGUGGACCGCAGCCUCCGCACGCAGGGAAACUUCUUCUUCCUGAACCUGGCCGUCGCCGACCUGCUGGUGGGCGGCUUCUGCAUCCCCCUCUACAUCCCCUACGUGCUGACGGGCGAGUGGAGGCUCGGCAGGGGCUUGUGUAAGCUGUGGCUGGUGGUGGACUACCUGGUGUGCACCGCCUCCGUCUUCAACAUCGUCCUGAUCAGCUUCGACAGGUUCAUCUGUGUCACCAGAGCGGUCAGCUACAGGGCUCAGCAAGGGAUGACCAGAAAUGCAGUACUGAAGAUGAUGACUGUGUGGAUUGCUGCUUUUCUCCUCUACGGGCCAGCCAUCCUCAGUUGGGAGCACAUUGCCCAAAAGAGCAUCCUCCCUGAAGGAGAAUGUCAUGCAGAAUUCUUCUACAACUGGUAUUUCCUAAUGAUUGCCUCUACUGUCGAAUUCUUUACACCUUUCAUCACUGUUAUGUACUUUAACUUAAGUAUUUACCUUAACAUCAGGAAACGCACAUUGCUCCGAAACGAAAACCUCUCACUCGGUCAAGAGGACUGUGAAAUGAAUUUCCAGGGGGAAAAAAGGGAACACACUGUGUUUUUUGUAAAGCCAGCUAACAGAGACAAACAUGAGAGGAGAGCAAGCAGCCUUCUUCCCCCAGGGAAGGCUCCCAGGCUUCAGGCCUCAGCUGAGCUUGGCAAUCAGCCAUCCCAUCGGAGUGCCAGUCUUGACCUUCCACCCCUCCAGGUGGAUGUGAAGACCAGGCCCCCCAGGAAUGGCUUCUGCAAAGCAACAGAAAGCCUUUGCCACCCCAGCAGCAAAGUGGACGUUGCUAACAUUAUGGCAAACAGAUUUAGACUUUCCCGGGAUAAAAGAGUAGCGAAAUCUUUAGCAGUUAUUGUCUGUGUGUUUGGCUUGUGCUGGGCUCCAUACACACUCCUGAUGAUCAUCAGGGCAGCCUGCCAUGGGCACUGUGUGCACCAUUCCCUCUACGAGAUCUCAUUCUGGCUCCUGUGGGUGAACUCAGCCAUUAACCCUGUUCUCUACCCACUGUGUCACACGAGCUUUAGGAAAGCCUUCAUAAAACUCCUGUGUCCACAAAAAGCCAAAAUUCAUCCUGACAUUUUGAUGUGAAAAGCAAGGAAGGCUGAAAAUUAGUACAUAUUGUAUUUGGUGGGAACACCAAAAAGCAAGUAUUGCAAUACCUGCAAAUAUUUACAGAAUACUGGUAAGUAGGCACAAGUGUAGAUAUUUAUGAGUAUGUAGAAAUACUGUCAUCCAUGUAGCUGAGAAAAUCAUAGCAAUGAAAAGAAAGGUCAUUUUUUAAAGCUCUUUGGGAAAUUACACCAACAGUGUAUUUUCUGGUAAUGGUGCACUAGUGUUGAAGUGCUGAAAACAAAAAAUAAUUUUCAUGGCUAAUAAUUAGAGUUCAUGCUCUGUCACUUUUAAUAACUGUAAAUAUUGCUGGAAUUUCAUAAAGCAUUAAUCUUAGAUCUGUUAUAUCUUACCCCAAACUCACCUCAAGACAUCAAGAAUCUCAGUUGUUAAGUCUAGGAUGCUUUCCUUGCCUCCACUUAGUGGCAAGCCAGACAAGGCAUGACCAAAGAUAAAAACACAGGAAAAGCAUGGGACAGGAGGCAGCACAACAGUGAUGUUACCAGGGAAGCUGAGCAACUGUAGUGGGUAAGGGAGCACUGAUGUGAGGGAAAAGGUGAUGGAAAGAGAAGAGAGUGGAAUACUUGGUAGAACAACGUCCAGGAACAGAAGUAUAAAAAGGUUUUGAGCUUUUUAAUAGGAGAUACAAGAAUUGGUACCUUAGACACUGGAAGAGUUUCACUAGGAGUUCCCUCCCUCAGCAGUGGCUUCCUGCCCCCCACCAGGAUCCUGCAUGGGCAGGAAUCUACUGAGGUCAGAACUCCACUCCUUACAGCACUGAGGGUAUUACACUGUGCUUUGCUGUAAGGACAGAGUAAGCCUAAGUAGUCUGUGAGAUCCACGACAAAGCUUGAGGUAAACUUCCCUUCCAGUAAUUUUUAAAACAUUUACAGUUGGACCUUUACUACUUCUGGCUAGAUCGAAAAAAAAAAAGUGUUGUUUUGCCCUACCUCACCCAUUGAAUCUUUCCAUCCAUCAAGUCACUAGUAGUCAAGAAAGCAUCAUUUCAAGUGUUGAGAUAUUUCCCAGGUAAUGCAUCAUGACUGGCAUGACUGAAAGUCUGUUACAAUUUACACCCUUGCUACUGCCCAAGAGUCUCUGCCAUUGUGCCUGUGCCACAGGAGCAGCUCACAUACCUGAUUCUGAGUUUGGAGUAGAUUUGUCCCACAAGGUGUCACAUUGAGCAUCACUAAUGCUACAAGUUUUUUCCACCAUCACCAGCAUUUACUACAUAACCUAACAGAUGCUUUCCUUUGCUGACAGGUGAUAGUUACCGAACAGCUCUAAUUAUCCAUUGCCACAGUCAAAAUGCAUGGUAAUAAAAUUGAUCUUAAAGUUUACAGGCAGUAAAAUUAUUUACUUUGUAAACUUUCAAUAAAAGUAAUUAAGAGCUGUGGAA